AUGGGCAACCUCCGGUGCCGCUGGUAUGCCCUGUCUAGUGCGGUGCCUACUAUCGCCUUGCAAGCUUGCUCCCGACCAAGCAAGGCCACCCUGAAGUUUUUGCUCGAUCCUAAGGGCCGACUGUUGAACCGCUAUUCUGGCGCAUGCGGUUGCGAGAUGGAGUAG